CAACCGCUUCGUGCAGCUCCCGGGGCGCCCGCACCUGCCCGGCCACAGAUCCCCUCCGGCCCGAAGCGGCCAUCGCUGCGUGGCGGACAACGCCAACCUGUACGUGUUUGGAGGCUACAACCCUGACUAUGACGAGUCUGGAGGACCAGAGAACGAAGAUUACCCGCUCUUCAGAGAGCUCUGGCGAUACAACUUCGCGACGGACACUUGGCAUCAGAUGGGCACCGAAGGCUACAUGCCCCGGGAACUGGCGUCCAUGUCACUUGUUCUGCACGGCAACAACCUGCUCGUGUUUGGGGGCACGGGGAUCCCCUUUGGGGAGAGCAACGGCAACGACGUCCACGUCUGCAACGUCAAGUACAAGAGAUGGGCUCUGCUCAGCUGCCGGGGCAGGAAGCCCAAUCGCAUCUACGGGCAGGCUAUGGCCAUCAUCAACGGCUCGCUGUACGUGUUUGGAGGAACCACAGGCUACAUCUACAGUACUGACCUGCAUAAACUAGACCUUAACACUCGGGAGUGGUUCCAACUGAAACCAAACAACAUGUCCUGUGACAUGCCGGAGGAGAGGUACAGGCAUGAAAUCGCACAUGAUGGUCAGCGCAUUUAUAUCUUGGGAGGUGGAACUUCUUGGACAGCUUAUUCACUAGAUAAGAUCCACGCGUACAACCUGGAAACCAACACCUGGGAAGAAAUUGCCACGAAGCCACACGAGAAAAUCGGCUUCCCAGCAGCCAGAAGAUGCCAUAGCUGCGUUCAGAUAAAAAAUGAUGUGUUCGUGUGCGGGGGCUAUAACGGAGAAGUGAUCCUGGGGGAUGUUUGGAAGCUCAAUCUGCAGACGUUCCAGUGGGUGAAGCUCCCGGCUGCCAUGCCCGAGCCCGUGUAUUUCCACUGCGCUGCUGUCACCCCGGCCGGCUGUAUGUACGUCCACGGAGGGGUGGUCAACAUCCACGAAAACAAACGGACUGGCUCCCUGUUCAAAAUGUGGCUGGUGGUGCCCAGCCUGCUGGAACUGUCCUGGGAGAAGCUCCUGGAGUAUUUCCCGCAUCUAGCAACUCUCUCCAGAUCGCAGCUCUUGCACCUUGGACUCACACAGGGACUUGUGGAGCGGCUAAAAUGAGAACGGCUCCCACGUCUGCCCGAGAAGCACUACGGCCAAGAGCCCUGCCUGCCCCCGUCCCCUAUUUAUGGAUACCGAGGAUGGUCUUGCUAGGAAGAUGGAGGAACCUGCUCAACGCCUUAUUCAGCAAAUACAUUGAUGCCUUUCUAGAAAAUUUUAUUUUCGGUUGUUGGAAAUCUGCGUUUUAUUUAUGGAUAUCUAAAGGGCGCCGUUAAUGACAGCUGCUGUCCGGGACAAAUCCAUGCCAUCCAACCAUUAAACUGCCGUCAGCACCUGCUUGCAACUUCAUUGGGAGGGAGGGAGGGAAGCUUAGGGAAUGCCUGAGCUCACGGAGCAUCCAACUUGUUAUUCCAUAGGUUGUGUCUAACCGAGAGGAGGUUCCGUGCGGAGCAACAGCCACUCUGUCCUUUUGCUUCGGAUGCCGUUCGAACCCCUUUAACAUCCAGCUGAGCUCAGCCUAAACGAGGACUCCUGCUGCUCGGGGCGGCCUUGCAUGCGUUUCGGGCGAGCCUCCCGUCCUCUCGGAGCCUCCGGAGCGGCCGGGCCGCCUGGCCUCUUUGCCCUCUCUGCUCCUCCCCUUUUCAUAUUGAAAGGUUUGCUUGGAAGACUCGUUAAAAGAUGCCACUUAACGGACUACUGUGUAGUUUGCUGUGGGUGGUGAGGGCCGGCGGGGAGGUUUUGCUUGUCUUUUUUAACCCUUUCUGCCCACGUUGCACUCGGAAAGAGCUAAGAGGGAAACUCAGCCCUUUAAAGCAGCCUUUAACCUGCGCUGAGUGGCACCCCGUGCUUGGGUAUGAGCCACCACACCAGGUGCUUGUCCUCUGUGGUCUUCAAGGUGUUUCCGCAAGCUUCUGGAUUCCCUCCUUUCCAUGCUUCAUGCCUUGGAUUUUCUCCAGGGAGCAUCUUGUUCCUUUGGGGAGUGCCUUGUUGCAUGUGGUUUCACUCCGUUUUUGUGGGGUUUUCUGAUCUUCCGGAUAUUAACGGAGUGCUCAUCCCAGGAAAUACAGCAUCAGAAAAGCAGGGAGGGAAUCUCCAUCCCUCUUCAUCCCUACACGUGCAGGAGAGGAAGGGGCAUCUCCUGCUCUCUGUUCUUGCUCUCAUUAGCUCAGGAGAACACAGGUUGAACUCCAGGCAUCUCCACCAGCCUGGCGUCAGGUUUGUGCAAACCCUUUUCCUUCAAAACUCGUUUUUAAGUGCCUUUUUUUUUUCUCCA